AUGACCAAACCUACUGACGCCGGACCCUCUAAACCAAUUGUCCCCUCUCUUCACCCAGCCUAUUCCGUUUCCAAUAUCCAAUCCAAGAUCAGAACCCUGGAUGGUACCAAAGUUUCAUACACCUCCUGGGUUAAACUCUUUAAAUUCAAUGCUAUUGCUUAUAAAGUUCUGAAUCAUAUUGACGGUUCCCCACAGCCGGAAUCAACGGAUACGAAAUAUGCGGCUUGGAAAGAAUUGGAURCACUUGUCUCCCAAUGGAUCUACAGCACUCUCUCCGACGACCUGCUCACCCGGGUCCUCGACAUGGAUGCCACUGCACAUGACACCUGGUUUCGGCUUGAGAAAAUUUUUCUCAGCAACAAACAAGCGAAGGCUGGUGCACUCGAAACCCAGUUCGUCAACCUAACUCUUGCAGCCUGCUCCUCAGUCGAUGAUUAUUGCCAACAACUGACGAACCUUGCCAAUCAACUUGCUGCUGUUGAUCAGCCCGUUAACGACAAAAGGUUAGUAUUACAACUCGUUAGUGGACUUUCACAGGAGUUUGACACCACUGCUCAACUUAUUCACUCGCAAGAAGCUGACUGGGAUCUUGCAACAACUAUGCUACGUGAUGAAGUAAUCAGAAAAGAGGCACGCCAACAGCAGUCCACAUCGGUACUGGUGGCCCCCACAGACCAAACUCCAACCCCGAACCCACUGUUACACUGCCCGAACCCACCAAACAACACCUCCACCCCGAUCCAGCAACCUGCUCCAAUUCAACCAAUAGGUCAGCCAUUCCGGGGUCAGGGACGAGGUCGAAAUCAGUACCAGGGUCGCGGGGGUCGUGGGCGCGGAUACCGAGGUCAGUCAAACAAUGUUAAUUGGGCUUUUUAG